CUCUCUUCGUCCUCACAAAGUUUUUCGUCUUCUUCAACGAUAAGAGAGCGUCGAGAAGAAGAAUCGACCGGAGGAAAUUUCCGGAUAACAUAUAGAAAGAGAGAGAGAGAGAGAAGCUGUUCUGCUCUUUGCGUUUCUUCGGUUCGAUUUCAGUCUCGGCAUAAGAUUCGAGCUCUCCAUUUUGUCUCCGACUGACAGACAGGUGCAGUAGGUUGGCAAUGGCUAGCUCCAAGGGAUCGCAGAAUGUUAGGAACUUGAUGUACCCGGGAAAACAUGCUUUACUUCCUCCAAAAAUUCCUUUUCCUAGUGUUUCAGCAUCAUAUGCCGAAUAUAUUCCUAGUGGUUUUAUCGGAUCAAAACCUGUUCAGAGGCCUAGAGGGGAAAAGGCUCACCACCAGAGGACAUCCUCUGAAAGCCAUCUAAUAGAAGAACAGCCUUCUUGGCUUGAUGACCUUCUCAAUGAGCCAGAGUCUCCUGCUCGCAGAUCUGGUCAUCGGCGUUCAUCAAGCGAUUCUUUUGCAUAUCAAGAUGCGGUUAACGCCUCGAAUGUUAGUUUGACUCUGAAUGAUUUCAAACAUAGGAGUAUGGUUUCUGCACCUCAAGGAGGAAUUCCGGAGUUUGAUCAUAGUAAAAAUGCUCAGGACGUCUCCUUGUACUCUGAUUCUGGUUUUGUAAAACAGAGGAAUAUACCGUGGGAUUAUUUGGUCGCCUCUGGGGCUCGUCCUAAUGGGCUUCCUUUCGCUAGAGAAAGCAUUGGCCCCCAAAACAGAGGAGCGUUUAAUAUGUCUCAAGAAGCAGAUUCGGUAACAUUUUUGCCAACCGAGGCAAAGAACUCUUCAGAAAGCCUUUCUCAUGAUCCGACAAAGGUUUCUCCUGAGAAACUGAACCACAAUCCUAAGCCUAUCACUCCUGAGGCAGACAAUACAAUACGUGUCAAACAACAAUUUGCACAACGGUCACGAGUGCGUAAGCUUCAAUACAUAGCUGAGUUGGAAAGGAAUGUUCAAGCAUUGCAGGCAGAAGGCUCUGAAGUUUCAGCUGAGCUCGAUUUUCUCAACCAGCGGAAUCUUGUCCUGAGCAUGGAGAAUAAAGCGCUUAAGCAGAGGUUGGAAAGCUUAGCUCAGGAGAAACUCAUCAAACACUUGGAACAGGAAGUACUCGAAAGGGAGAUAGGAAGGCUACGAGCCUUGUAUCAUCAACCUCAGAAACUGCUGACCAGUCACCACCGACGUGCUACAAGCAAAGAACUCGACUCUUGGUUAGUAAAACCUUCCCCGAAAAGCAAGAAUUCGGAUGCAUACCCGUAAAUCUACGUCCGUAACCGGUCAGUUCCUGUCUCAGUGAUCUCUCUCCCGACACAGUUUACUUCCUUAUAUCGUUGCGACGAGUUAACUCUCCCGCUUGUGCAGUGCACCUGGUAGUCGUUACCGGAAACUCGUAUUUUCCGGCAGAUCGGCUUGCCCGAGGUGAUCUAAUUUUAAAAGAUGGUUAGGACAUCAUCGUUGGUGGAUACUAUUAUGAUGAUGUCUGUGUUGGUUGGUUGUUUUUUUGGGUCAUUUGCUGAUAUGAAUGAAGGUUGGUUCAUCACUUGGUGUAAAGUUUGUGAAACUCUUUUGUAAAAUUUUCAUCUGAUUAUAUGAGAUUCAGUUUCGAUUUUUUCUUUUGGA